AUGGAAGGGAAAUUUUCAAUGCAAAGAAAGGCAGCCGUGGGGAACAAAAAAUCAACGGAUGGUAAACAUGUAAUUAGAGGGACGCGAGAAGGUGGUUCUCACAAGGUGGAGAAGGAGAUGGGAAAACAGAAAAGAAGACCAAAUGGGGAAGGAAAAGGGGCAGAGGAGACGGAAUGGGGCGCAGGCAGCAACCGGAAGUGUCAUAACCCCCUAACGAAGGGGAAAGCAGCCCAUCGCAGGUUUAAUAGUAGCAUGUUCCGAAACAGUCAUCGAAGUGGCAACAUGCGAGGAGUAGCUGGAAAGGGAAAGCACCAGGGUGGUCUCUAUGGGGGGGGAAGAAAAAGCAGAAAUGGCGCAGAAAGGUGGUACCCCUAUGGGGGGAUAUCCGUUGGGGACGCGGCCAAUCAGUAUGGUAAUCAUGCCACCAUGGAGGGGGGCAGCGAGGGCGGCGGCCAAGACGGCAGCCAGGACAAUGAAAACUCCCCCCACACAUUUAGAGACGCGUACUACUACGACAACGACAGCUCAGCGGCGAGCGAGGGAGAAGCCCCCAUGGGGCAAAUGAACCAUGCAGAGGAGACAAGUUCGAAGCAGCCCCGUAUUAACAGUGACCAGCAGCCCACCAUGGAUUACGUGGAGUAUAUGAAUCAUCUCAAAAAGGGAGAAGAUCCAAACGUUGAUAAGAAAGACACAUUGGACUCCUCCGAAGGGAAGGAAGAGGUUGGCAGGGACGCACCCGCUGAUGAGCAUCACAUGGCAGCUGGUGAGCAUGAAGAAGGCGUUUUUAAGAUCUUCCUUCUGUUCUCCCCCCUCGCUGUUACAAGCAUAAGAAACAGAAAGUGCGUUAUAAAUGCCGAUGAGCACAUGUCAUUUCUGGAGAAAAAAUUGGAGACUGUGCAAGAUUUAAUGUCUGGUGCAAGGAGUGCAAAGGAGAAGGUCUUCCUCAGGGCCAAAGUGGAAGCAAUAGAAAAUAAGCUCAGGAACAAGGUCAUGUUAAAUCUGAUGCUGCGGAAUGUCGUGCUCGACCCGGACGGGCGUCCCCUCCUGAAGGUCCUGCCCCACCCGGUCAAGCGCUACGUGGGGUCCUCCGUGUGCAUUGGAAUUUCAAACAUGGGUUUUCCCGCCGAUGUUAAAAAACUAUCGAAGAAGAUAAAGGAGACAAAAAACGACUAUUCAUUUUUCCUUUCUCUGUCCGCCGCCUUUGAUCUGACACACUUUAUCGAAUCCAUUUCGAGAAACGAAUCUGAGUGUUUCCCCUUGGACUAUGUCAUCCGCGUGUCUGACCUCCCCCUGUCCACAGUUGCGAUCUGUUCCAAGUUGACGCAUUUUUUAAAUGACUAA